GGACUUCCCGGGACAUUGCUGGACAGGAGGGCCUUGAAUGCCUAUAGUCUGAGUUUAUAAACAGGUGCUUGCAGUAAUAGGCGUCAGUCGGUGUUUCUAUAUUACUGUGGCAGAGAGUAUUCUGGGAAACUAUGAUUGUUAGAUUCAACCGGCUGAAGAGAGGUUACUUUCUUCUGGGGACGCUCUUUACGGUGACCCAGCUUGUGUUGUCCGAGGAGGUGCUUCCAGCAGAGAAAGAAGUCACAUUCAGCCAUGUCUACAGGAUUGACUCUGGUUGUAAGCAGAGUUCUCAAGUGGCACAACUUUCCCAGGACCAGGCCUCAGAAGGACAGUUAGUCACAGUAGAUGGAGAGAAUGACAUUGUCUUCAAGCACAACAUACGGCUACAGUCGGCUGGUUGUGGAUGUGCUGACUCUGAGGAUUUCAAAGCCCUGUUGUACCGUGUAAAUGGCCUGGAGGAGGAGGUCACGUACCUAAAAGGCCAAUGCGCUCAGGGCUGCUGCAAAGGAGGGUCAGGUGUGGACACCAGCUGUAGUGGGCAUGGCACGUACCAGCAUGACUCCUGCAGUUGUAAGUGUAACCCAGGCUGGGAGGGUCCAGACUGCUCCAUCUCAUCCUGCCCUGAUGAAUGCAACGAUAAUGGCCGCUGUGUUGACGGACGCUGCGUUUGCUAUGAAGGCUACACCGGCCAUGACUGCAGCCAGCUCACGUGCCCCAAUGACUGCAAAGAUAAAGGCCACUGUGUGGAUGGCAAAUGUGUGUGCUUUAGUGGAUUCUCAGGAGAAGACUGCAGUGUCGCGACCUGUCCGAAUGACUGCAUAGGUAAUGGACGCUGCGUGGAUGGACUGUGCAUCUGCGAUGAGGGAUUCUUUGGAAUCGACUGCUCCACGGUUCUAGGACCAAAAGGCCUCCGUCUGAUCAAAGUCACAGAUGUAUCUCUGCUGGUGGAGUGGGAGUCUGUAAGAGGAGCCGAGUACUACAUCCUGUCCUACUAUCCAAAGGGAGACGAGGGAGCCAUUAAAGAGGUCCAGGUCGAAAACACAAAAAACUCCUACCUAAUCACAGGCCUCAGACCCGGAGUCACGUACAUAGUGCAGGUGUACGCUGUCAUCAGGGGCAUUAACAGUGAUUCUGAUGAGAUAGUGGCUACAACCGAGGUUUCUGGUAUUGAAGGAAUAAAGGUGGUGGGCCAGACAGAGGACUCCAUCCAGGUGGACUGGAAGAACCCUGCGAUCGCUGUGGACCACUUCAAAUUGACCCAUUCUAGCCCUGAUGGUCAGGGAGGAGAGGAGAAUGUGGCCAUGAGCCAGGAGGCUAAAACCAUGCACACCAUUGUUGGCCUCAACCCAGGAACAGAAUAUCAGAUAGGUGUACAAGUGAUCAAAGGUGAAAUUGAAGGCAAGCCAUCGUAUGCCACAGGGGUCACAGACAUUGAUGCCCCAACUAAUCUGGCAACCAGGGAGGUGACAGAGAACUCCGCAACUGUGACGUGGAAUGGUGUUCGUGCUGAGAUUGAUGGCUACACGCUGACUUACAGCUCUGCAGAGGGCACCAGCCGAGAAAUUAAAGUGGCAGCGGACGCUACGUCUUACCAGCUGACCUCUCUGAAGCCAGGAGUCCUGUACACAGUGUUCCUCUGGGCCUAUAAGGGCUCUCGUUCCAGUAGGAAGAGCAUGACUGAGGCUGAGACGGACAUAGAUGCUCCUACUAACCUCAUGAGCAAGGAGGUGACAGAGGACUCGGUGUCAGUGACGUGGGACAGGGUGCAGGCUGACGUUGAUGGCUACAUGCUAAGCUACAGCUCAAUAGAUGGCUUCGGUCAGGAGGUUCGAGUAGGAGCUGACAGCACCUCCUACAGUUUCACUGGUCUGAAGCCUGGAGUUCUCUACACAGUCUAUGUGUGGGCCAUCAAGGGCCUCCGCACUAGCAAAAAGAGCUCAACAGAAGCAUCAACAGAGAUUGAUGCACCCAAGAAUCUCAAAGCCACUGAUGUUAAGACUGAAACCUCCACUAUUACAUGGAAAGCUCCUCAGGCUAAUAUUGAUGGCUACAUCCUGACCUACAGGGCUGAGGAUGGCAGCAUGCAGACUUUGGAAAAAACUUUGACUGCCCAGGACAAUAGAUUUGCUCUUUCUGGCCUUGCAAUGGGGAAAAGGUACAUUGUCACCCUUAUUGCCUACCGGGGCUCAAAGAGGAGUAGGGUAGUGGAGACGAUAUUUAGUACAGAGAGUGUGGCCUACCCGUUCCCAAUGGACUGCACUCAGAUUAUGAGGAAUGGAAACAUGGAGAGUGGCAUCUACACAAUCUACAUCAAUAGCAACCAAAGUAGAACCAUGCAGGUGUACUGUGACAUGACGACUGAUGGUGGUGGCUGGAUUGUGUUCCAGAGACGAAACACCGGCAAAUUAGAUUUCAUGAAGCGUUGGAGAGACUAUAUGAAAGGCUUUGGAGAACUGAAAGAUGAAUUUUGGCUCGGCUUGGAGAAGAUCCAUGAGCUGACUAAUACUCCUACACAGUAUGAGGUGCGUUUCGAUUUGGGCUUUGGAUCAGAGCGGAAAUAUGCCGUCUACGAUAACUUCAAAGUAGCACCAUCCAAACAGAAGUUUAAACUUACCAUUGGCAACUACAAAGGAAACGCUGGUGAUGCCAUGACCUACCACCAGGGAGGGCAUUUCUCCACAGUUGAUUCAGACAAUGACAUUGCACUUGGUAACUGUGCUCUGACUCACCAAGGCGCCUGGUGGUACAAGAACUGCCACCUGGCCAAUCUGAACGGCAAAUUUGGGGAUAACAGACACAGUAUGGGAGUAAACUGGGAGCCAUGGAAGGGGCACCUGCACUCUCUUGACUUUGCCGAAAUUAAAAUCCGCCCAGUGGGCGCAUCGGGCAGACAGAAGAGGUCACUGAAGAGGAGGGUAGCAGUGUAUUAACAAUCACGUGACAAAAACUACAAAAUCAAAAACGUGUGGGAAUUGGAUCAAACCAGGUUGGAAUGGAUCUUCAUAUCAGGAAAGCCACUGUAGAUUACAUACUGUGUAACUGUAUUUUGUAACUUGUUACAAAAGGCAGAUUUUUUUAAUAGAAUAGGCUUUAGUUCUUUAAUUUAGUGUAUAUAUACACUAACUGACAUCACAGUGUCAUUCCUUACUCAAAGGGUGCUUUUCAUAAGUGAGGGCAUAUUGUAUUAUGACCUUUACAGAACUUCUUUUUUAUUUUAUUACAGUGUUUUGCAAACAAAGGACUUUGUACUGUAUGAUAAUUUCUAAAAAUUUAAAUGGAUAUUAAUGAUUC